AUGACAAUGUCAAUUAUUAAUGCUAAUUUAUUGCAACUUUUAUUGCUGCUAUUAUUUUGUUGUAUUAUUCACGUGGAACAGUUUGUUGUCGAUGACGGUAAUACUGCUAAUGGUAAACGUGAUACUAUUGCUGACUGUAUUAGUAUUCAAAAUGUCAUUCAGCGUUAUUUGAAUAAACAACAACGUAGACAACUGGAACUGUUAAUUGAGAAUGAAUUCACUGGAAAUAAUCAAGACAAGGUAUUCGAUGAUGUACUAACUUUUUUACGAACACGAUUAACCAGAAAACAAUGGGAUGAAGUUUUACCAGAACUGCAAGUUUAUCGAAGUGUCGGUUACGAUUGCGAAUCGUUCAAAAAUCGUCUUACACCAUUCCAAUUUAAAAUGCUUUUGGCAUUUAUACAAGAAGCCGAAUAUAUGGGUGCAACGAAGAAAGAAAUCAAGAAAUUGUUUGAUGGCCUACUUGAAGAAUUUAUGCUUGAAGACUAUCGAGUAGAAAAAAAACCAUCCGAAUCUUUGGAAAACAAGGUAGCCGCUGCUGAACCAUUGUUUCCGAUUGCUCAUCCAUGGUUUGCAACGUUUGUUGACUAG